UUUUGUUCACUUCGGGGGGCAACAGUGCAAAUAUGCAGCUGGACAACGACGUGACUCCGGUGUAUCUGGCCGCCCAAGAGGGACAUCUGGACGUUUUACGGUACCUGGUUGAACGAGCCGGUGGAGAUUUGCUGAUUCGCACCAAGGACGGAAUGGCCCCGCUGCACGCUUCUGCCCAAAUGGGUUGUCUGCACGCCCUGCGAUGGAUGAUUCGAUCCCGAGGGAUAGACAUGAACUUGUCGGACGAGGACGGAGCGACGUCUCUGCAUUUCGCUGCCUCCCGGGGUCACCUGCACGUGGUUAAGUGGCUUUUGAGGAACGGGGCACGGAUCGUGCCGGACAAAGGUGUAGAGUGCCUGGUUGCUCUUGAGAAGCAUUCAGCUGCGUCGAAGUCUCGGGUUGUUUCCAAGCAGGACACGAGUCUGAGACAGCGCGACGGUUCGCCGAGACGGGAUUCCCUGGGCGGUUCCGCGACUUCGGCGUCAGGAGAAACGGGUUCGAUCCGGGGCCAGAGUUCGAUUCCUCGAAGCGAAAACUCCUCCGAGCCGUUUUAUUUGCAUCCGCCUUCAGUGUCUGUGGAGAGCAUCUCGAGCGUGCCGGUGAAGAAUGAAACUAGCUGCGAGGAGGGAAAGAAUCUAGUGACGGCCGAUGCUUGCGAAGGGACGCCCGGAGAUUCGCAUGUGACGUCAACAGUUUCGCUUUUCCGGAAUAGUCACGGUCGAGAGGCUGAGACCGCGCUUUCAACAGCCGUCGACGCGGGCCGACCGCAUGACGAAAGUAAUUGCUUUCCAGGACUAAGCGGCAUCACGUCAGGAGUCACGGAGUCCGCGUCGAUGAAGACGUCGCCUGAUGACAGCGAGCCGUUUUUCCUCCACCGGCCGCCGUCCAGCUCGAUUAUCGCCGCCAGCCACGUUGUGUGCGCCGCGAAUCCCAACGUCCUGCGCGGCGAUUGCGCUGAGAAAAUGCUUGCGAGGAAUCUGGAAAGCGUCAGGCAAUGCAGGCAUUGCUCGAGUGAGUCCAACAAGCCUGAGCGGAAAAUCGCAGUGACGGAAGAAUCGCCUUCGGGAACGACCAGCUCGAGCUUUCAUUCCUUGGAAGAUAACAGGAUCGACCCUCGGAAUCACGAGUACGAAGAUGUUCGCUUUUCGUCAAGUGAAUCUGGAUCCGCCGGCAACAUGCUUUCGAGUCAGAACGGCUCCAUGUCUUUGAGUUUUGGAGGCGAUCAUAAAUCAAGCACUGAGGAUUCUGACUCGCCCUCACGCAACUCGUACAGAAACAUAUCCGUGAUAAAAAUAGAAAGUUCUUCCGCUGAGCCGUCCGUCAUUCAGGAAAAUUCACUGGAUUCAUCUUUGUGUAGCCAUGAAUUGGUUUUGAAUGGAAGCGACGAAAGAGUUCCAGCGAAAGCUGAUGAGGUGGAAGCGGAAAAAUUGGACGAGGAUGACGGCAUCAAAACGGCGAGUUCAUCGAGCAAAGCGACGAUGCGACCAUUUUCAUUACCGUCCGACUUCGCGGAGAAGUACGAGAAGGCAUUGUUUGAGCUCAACAGGACGGCCUUUCUUCACCGAAGACUC